GCCUGUGUGGCGAAGGCACCACCCUCAAGAAGGAAGCCUCGGGAUGCUCGCCUGGGCUCAGAAUGUGGCGUCUGGCUUUACGAAGUUGCGGGGAAAGGAAGAAGGAAGCGAUUUGCAUUUGAGAGAGGGGCCAAAUAAGAAGAUGAAAGCCAGCCCCAUCCGCAUUCCAACUGUCAGCAAUGACACCGACUGGGACUUCUGCUUCCACCUGUCCCAGCAAGCCAAGAUCCCAGCAUACCAGCAAAGAGACGAAUUGUGUUCCUCUAGCGGGUCUGGAGAGAGUGAAGAAGACACUACAACCAAGGAGAACGCUGUAGGCUGCAUGUCUCUUCCUAAAGAGAAAUUAGCCCAAUCCCAGAAGAAAAUAGCUCAGCUGAUUAAGAAAAAGAUGAAUACCCAAGCAAACAAGGAGCUGAUACGCUGUGUCAUCCUUUCUCGGAUUAUUUUUGGGGAAGAACACUGGAAAUGUGCACAGGCCGUGGCCAGCCUGGCUUAUGGCUACCUGACACUGAGAGGCCUCCCAGCUCAGGCCAAGAAACAUGCUGAGUCUGCCAGGAACACGCUGCUGACCUGGAAGGACAGCACGACCUCAAACAAGGAGAAGAAGGAGAUCCUGGACGCUCUGGUCAUGCUGUACUAUACCCUGGGGGUGGCCUGGCUCCUGCAGAACCGUGGCAGAGAGGCUUAUUUCAACCUGCAGAAGGCAGAGAGAAACAUGAAGGAGCUGAAAGAAUUAUUUAAGGGAGGUGUUCGCAAAUCCCAAGUCUCGGAGAAAGACCUGACCAUUGCUUUGGGCAGGGCCUCCUUGGCCAUCCACAGAUUGAACCUCGCUCUGGCAUACUUUGAAAAGGCAAUUGGCAAUGUUAUUGCUGCGGAGGGCAGUAGGACAUUGGAUCUGGUCAGUCUAUAUGAGGAGAUCGCUCAGAUUGAGCAGCUGAGGAGGAACCACGAUCGGGCCAUCCAGUACUUGCAGCAGGCCUAUUCUAUCUGUGUUUCUUUAUUCACUGAAGUCAGCCCCCAAACUGCAGAGGCAAGCGCGUUACUAGCCAAGGCUCAUGCCAUGUCUGGAGAGGCCCAACACCGGGAUGCUGUUGAGGUAUAUUUUAUAAAGAGUAUCAAUGCAUAUCAAGCAACAUUGGGCCCAACGGAUUAUGAAACACUGACAACCAUUGAAGAAUUCUGCAAAUGGCUUGUCCAGAAUGGGGAAAAACAGGAGGCUUAUAGACUGCUAAAGGCUGCACUGAAGUCUCAGGUCAUCAGCUAUGGUGACUGUAGUGAAAAGGUGGCUGAAACUUUUUACAACAUGGGCAGGAUCUGCUUUGCUAAAGGACAGCUCAAAAAGGCGAUUCAGCUGUUAAGGAAGUGUCUGAUGAUUCAAAUCCUCUUAUAUGGAAGUGAGCACAGUAAAAGCAGAGACACAAGAGACCUCCUUACCCUAUUGCAGAGGGCGAGUAACAGUUCAUCCAGGUGGAGAAGAGAAACCAUUCCAGGAAGAAGGAACUGUAUAUGCAAAGGCCCUGAGGCGUGACAGAGGACAGUGUAUGGAAGCAGUGGUCUUCUGUUAUCGUUAAGAGAAAAACCUCAUACUAAGAUAGCCAACAAUAAAGCCAACCUGUUGAUAACAAAAA